AUGGAGUGCAACAAGGAUGAGGCCCUUAGGGCGAAGGAAAUUGCAGAGAGGAAGUUCCAAUCCAGGGACCUGCAGGGGGCCAAGAAAUUCGCCCUCAAGGCCAAGGCUCUCUUUCCGGAUCUCGAAGGUAUUGUGCAGAUGAUCACUACCUUGGAUGUUUACCUUACUUCGGAGGUGAAGAUUGCUGGUGGGAAGGACUGGUACUCUAUCCUUUCCGUGGACAUGUCGGCAGAUGAUGAAACUCUGAAGAAGCAGUACAGGAAGUUGGUGCUUCAGCUCCAUCCCGACAAGAACAAGUCAGUUGGUGCUGAGGGUGCUUUCCAGAUGGUUCAAGAGGCAUGGACCGUGCUGUCCGACAAAACCAAGAGAGCGCUGUUUGACCAAAAAAGGAAACUGAUUGCAAUGCAACAGAAGACAUCUCAAUCAAAUAAGACAAGUGCAGCCAAUGGCUUUGAACAUUUCGCAGCCAAAGCACCCGCUUCCAAGGCAAGUGCAAACAAAGAAAAGACAGGAUCAGCAACAUCUGCAGUGCGCCAGCGCCCGCCCCCGCCCCCACCCCCACAGCGCCCGUCUCCACCCCCGCCACCACAGCGGCCGCUUCCCCGCCAUCAGGCUGCUGCUCCAGCUCCACCUCCAGCAGCACAACCUACAUUUUGGACCUCAUGCAACAGGUGCAAGAUGAAUUUUGAAUACCUCAGAGAGUAUUUAAAUCGCAAUCUGCUUUGCCCUAGCUGCCGCGAGCCAUUCAUAGCAAAAGAGGUUCCGAUGCCACCACCUGAGGUUGUUCAGGCAGUACGUGAUUCAAACAUCCGUGGUGCAACUCACGAUGCAAGCACUGGCAGAAAGUUUCAGUGGGGUCUGUUCUCAAGGACAGCUGGUCCAGCUAGUGCUACUGCAUCAUCUGCUGCUGGUGCUCAAGCUGCUAAUAUGGUUCAUCAGACGUAUGAGAAAGUCAAGAGAGAGAGGGAGGAGGCGCAAGCUGCAGCAAGAAGGGAAGAAGCUCUUCAGAGGAAGCACAAUCCUCUAAAAAGGAAAGCAAAUGUGUCCGAGAAUGUUAACCAUGGAAUGGGUGAUGUUGCAUCUGGAAAGAAGAUGAAAACUGUGGGUAACGAUGCUGGAGUUGGUUCUUCCUCCAUUCUCUCAGGUCCAUGGGCCAAUUAUGUUGGAACGCCUGGUGGAACUAUACCAUUUUCAAGCAACAGUGGAGCCUUUGAGUUUCAAGGUGCUAAUGGUGUGAUACCGAAUUGGAGACCCAGGCCUUCUACUCGGAUCAGCGUAACUAGGACUUUCUCUAAGAAGGAUAUUAGGAGCAUUUUGAUUGACAAGAUGAAGAGCAAUUUGAGGGAGAAUCUAAAGGAGAUAAGAAGUAAACCACUCCAAGUUACAGUUAAUGGAAAAGCUAGCGAGAAACAUGUGGUUAACGAACAUGUUGAGGGUAAUGAAACUCUUGCAUCAGAUGAUUCUACCGCAAACAAAGAUGUCUCUGCUGAUCCAGAGGAGAAUGGUUCUUCUAAUAGCGCAGAUGCUGAAAAUGAAGAUGACAACACUUUCUCCUAUACUGUUCCUGAUCCUGAUUUCCAUGAUUUUGACAAGGAUCGUACUGAGGAAUCUUUUCAGAGUGAUCAAAUUUGGGCUUCAUAUGAUGAUGAAGAUGGUAUGCCUCGUUAUUACGCAUACAUUCAGAAAGUUAUCUCCUUGACUCCAUUUAAGGUCAAAAUAAGUUAUCUCGCAUCGAGGACAAAUAGUGAAUUUGGACCAUUGAAUUGGGCUUCUUCUGGCUUCAUAAAGACAUGCGGUGAUUUCAGGAUUGGUAAAUACGAAACCGUAGAUAUAAUCAAUAUGUUCUCUCACCAGAUAAAAUGGGAGAAAGGUCCACGUGGGGUGGUCAAAAUUUAUCCGCGGAAAGGUGAUAUCUGGGCUUUGUACCGAAAUUGGUCCCCUGACUGGAAUGGAGAUACUCCUGAUAAUGUGCUUCAUGUUUAUGAUCUGGUUGAGGUACAGGAUGAUUAUGAUGAAGAUAAUGGAAUUUCUGUCAUUCCCUUGAUUAAGCUCACUGGAUUUCGAACAGUUUUCCAGCAUCAUCAGGACCGGGAUGCCAUCAAGAGGAUUCCAAAGGGAGAGAUGUUUCGGUUUUCACAUCAGGUUCCCUUUUACAGGAUGUCAGGGGAAGAAGCUCCAAAUGUCCCUAAAGGUAGCUUUGAGGUAGAUCCAGCUGCUAUCUCUAAAGAACUUCUUCAGGGAAUCACUGAAACUGUGAAGGAGGCAGAGGGAACUUCUAAAUGCUGA